CCGACCUUCCCCUCACGCGCGACCCUUUCCGUCUCCGGAGGGGAGGAAAGAGGGGGGUCGCCAGGCUCCCGCAGUGCUUCUCCAAUGGGCAGUUUGCUGAGCGGAGUCAGUUUCAAGGAGCCCACCACGGUGGAGGACUGUGACUCUACCUGGGAGACGGAUUCGGAGCCGGAGCUGCAGGACCCCGGCGGGGAAGAAGGGCCACCGCUGGAGCAGGCGAGCGGUGGCGACGACGACCCAGCUGCUGACCAGCACCGGCGGCGGCGGCAGCAGCAGCAGCAGCAGGAGGAACCGCUCCCUGCGGCAGGCGGCCGGCCGGAAGACGCCGGGAACCGCGAAGGGGCUGUCAGGGAGGAGGAGGAGGAGGAGGAGGAAAGGGAAGGAGAAGAGGGGGCGGCAGAAGAAGACGAACCCGAGGGCAGGGAGCAAGAAGAGACGGAAGCCCCUAGCCCCGAACAGGGGGAUGAUUCAAUUGAUGUGACAUCUAAACCAAAGAGAAGUUUUUAUGCUGCAAGAGACUUAUAUAAAUAUCGUCAUCAAUAUCCACAGAACUUUAAAGAGUUGCGAUAUCAGAAUGAUUUGUGCAACCUCCGCUUUUACAAGAACAAAAUUCCCUUUAAACCUGAUGGGGUUUAUAUUGAAGAGGUCCUGAAUAAAUGGAAAGGAGAUUAUGAAAAGUUGGAACACAAUCACACUUACAUACAAUGGCUGUUUCCACUUAGAGAACAAGGACUGAAUUUCUAUGCAAAAGAAUUGACAACCUGUGAAAUUGAGGUAAAGCAUCUAAUUCAUAAUGUAAUGCUAAUAUUUAAUUAUUUAAACUACAAUAAUUUUGUAUGUGUAAUGCUCUUGUUGUUUGUGCAUUCUUGUAAAAAUGUGUUACAGGAGUUCAAAAAAACAAAAGAAGCAAUUCGAAGAUUCCUGUUAGCUUACAAAAUGAUGCUGGAGUUUUUUGGGAUAAAAUUGAUUGAUAAAACUGGGAAUGUAGCACGAGCUGCUAACUGGCAAGAAAGAUUCCAGCACUUGAAUGAAUCCCAACAUAAUUAUCUGAGAAUCACCCGAAUUCUGAAGAGCCUUGGUGAACUUGGUUAUGAGAGUUUCAAGCCUCCUCUUGUAAAAUUGAUUCUUCAUGAGGCUCUUGUAGAAGAAACUAUCCCCAACAUUAAACAGAGUGCUUUGGAAUAUUUUGUGUAUACCAUUAGAGAUCGAAGAGAGAGGAGGAAACUUCUACGGUUUGCCCAACAGCACUACACGCCCUCUGACCAUUUCAUAUGGGGGCCACCAAGGAAACAGAAGUUGGAGGGAAGCAAACCAAGUAAAAAGCUGGCUUCGCCAGUGUCCCUUCGCAACAACUCAACUUGUAGACAUAAAAAGACAAAAGAUUCCAAGAAUGUAUCUGAAAUUUGUAACUCAAGGAAUAAAACAAAUGAUGAGAAAAAGACAGAGCAUAUUAAAAAUGGUACAGAUAGUGAUCAGAGUAAGAAACACAGCCCCCCUGAAGUUGUUAAGCAGAGCAGUAUGGUAAAAAACAGCAGUGCUGAAUGUCACAACUCUAAAGUGGACAUUGCUGAGCCUUUGAAUCAGAAGGAGACUAUUUCCCAUUUAAAAAAACAUAAAGGGAAAAACAAGGAAAAUGUUAGCCAAGACUGCAAACAUGUGGAAGAUAUAGAAAAAGAUUCAUGUGAGAAUAAAAAUGAUUCAACAAAUAUAUCAGCAGAUAUGCAAGACAAUAUAUGUAAGGAUAAAAACCUGGUGAGCUCAUCUGUAAGAAAUAAAGAGUGAAAUCUUCUACUGAAUAUAACAAAAUGGUUUUUCACUUGUAGAAAAUUGGUAAGCAAUGGAAGGUCUUGAUACUGUGUCCAGUGCUGACUAUAUCAGCUUAGCCUCUGUGGGGUUAUGGCUUCUUUAAAUUGUUUAUGGUUUGUACUUCCCACAGCUGUGUAUUAAGAUUACAAACUGCAUAAUGCUUAAGCCUAAGAAAAAACUUCCUUUAAAUCUGUUUUCUAUGCAUAAAUAUCUAACAUUGAUUUUUAUCAUCCAUUUUAUUUAAACUCUUCUAAUUAAUUUUAAGGUUUUUUUUCUUUCAAACUAUGGGUGCCAGAUAGACUUUCAAGGAGCUAAGUCAGAGUGUCUCUUCAGCAGAUAACUGUGCUAAUGUUUAGAGUGCUUAAAAAUUGGAAGAAAGCUGCAUUCUUAUUUAACACAGAAAGUGGACCUCCGAGACUUGAGCUAAAGUGCAAGCACAGCCUUGAAUCACACUGGGCAAGCUAUAUUAAUUCAGCCUCAGUUCCAAGUUUGACUAUUAGGAAUAAUUAAUUUCCCUGGGUUAUUCUGAGAAAAUACAGCAAAGUAGCAAAUCACUACAGUUUGUAUCCCAGCACCCUUUGCCCCAACAUACUUACAUUUU